ACAGGAGGAUGGUUCCGGAGACGAAACCAAUUCCUGGCCCAACCGUGAAGUUUGUAAGUCUUUAAAAUUGACCUCUCAUGCACUGUUUCCCAUUUUUGCUGCACUUUUGUUGUUUUAUCUCACAAUCAAAGGAAAAACAGCCUCCUCGUUUCACUGGGAAAUGUAAAUCUCAUUUCAUAGGAAUGUUUCAAUGAUCACUGUUCCUCGGCUCUCACUGGAAAACCACAUGAUGCAGUGACACUAAACAAUCCAGUAUUUGUCAUUGUCAUGAUCCUAAACAAAGUGACGUCAGCAGGUGGCACAUGUUAAUUUUUCACACCAUGACUCAAAACUUUUCCAGUCUGUGUCAGAAUGAAAACUAAUGUCAGAUACGCAGGGACACAGUUUCAUGAUGAUAAAUGUAAAGUUGUCAUCCUAGUAGAGCGAUAGUGAAAUAAUAAUAAUUGAAACAACAAAAACUUUGUCAUCUGUACUUUUUAUUCCUUGGUCCCAUAUUUUUAUAUUCAACUUGCACAUUUGAUCUUAUUUCAGUGGACUCAAAGCACUUCACGGCUGCAGAAAAUUUAUGUUUUUACAAGAAAAUGUGUUUGAAACAGCAAAUUAACUCAGUGUCAACAAUGAUGACUUUUAAAAACCCCAUGUCAUUACAACUCUUUUUAUAAUUCUGCAAAAUGUAAAAGUUUUAUUGGAUUUUAUGACUUUAUUUAAAGCGAUCAUGUAGUUGGUUGUAUUUACUGUAAUUGCAGUUACUUUAAAUUCCCUUAUCAGGACUCGGAAACAGAAUUUCCUGCAGCAAGACUGUUACAGAGUUUUCAUAGAAACUUCUUCCUGCACCUUCCAGGCAGGUACUCACUCAGUCAGGUGUUUUCUUACAAGGACACACCCACUUCAGGACACCGUAAUCCAUCCACCCUCCCACACCUUUCCUGCAUCACCACCCCUGAGCAUCAGCGCAAACGUUUGCUGAUUUAAAUCUUUCCCGCAGGUAUCGAACGCUCACAGAGGAGCAGAAACACCUGAACGAAGAGCAUCUCCGCAUCUCAACAUCUGAACCUUCACUGCACAGGUGAGUCACACUGCAGGGAAAAACAGACAUUUAAAAAAACAUUAUUUUGGGCACAUAUGGAUGUUAAAAUUUCAUGUUUUUACUUCUUGUUCAAUUUUUUAUAGUUUUCUUAAAUUUAUCAAGACAAAUGUCAAUGUUUUACUUGGCAUUAUGUACAAUAGUACAUAUCCUCAUUUUAAAAAAUUAAUGAUUUAAGAGUGUUAUCUUUUCUUUUUGUUUAAUUUCUCAUGAUUUGUGUUGAGGUGAUCUGUGUUUAGCUGUUUGCACCACAUGUUCAUUUAUUAAUUAAGUCACUCUUGAGAUUAUAAAAACAGAAUACACAUUUAGAAAUGACGUUAAAAUUGUAGCUUGAAAAUAUGAUGGAUGUCAUGAGGGUAUGAAUGUGCUGAGAGCAUCUGUAUAAUCUCUAGGAAGUGAUCAGACUUGAAACGUCCUUUAAAUGUGUUUUAAUUCACCUGACUCUUUAUAUUUCCUCCACAGAUAUGGAGCGAGGAUUGAUCCUGUUGGUUGCUGCCACUUUGAUGGUUUAUAUGGCACCUGGUGUCCGAGGAACAGCCCAUCUAUCGUUUUCCAACGACACAGAGGUUGGCUUUCUAUCAGUUUUAUUGUCCCUGUGUAAAUAACAUCUCGAUCUUUCUGUUCCUCGUUUUACCUGUGAUAUUUGUUUAAUGACUUCUUUCAACACUGAGACCCAAUCUGUCCUCUAAACUGUUAAAAGUCACUUACAGUAAUGGUCCUAUGAGCUUUGUAUCAUCUGUUAAGCUUGAUUCUGUGCUUUUAUUCUUUAUGUUUUUGGAUUGUAAAACGAUUGUUCAUUUUUCCAAACACACUCGUUAAAAUAUAAAAUCAAACAAGUGUUUUUCAAUUUAGAUUGGGGUCUUCAAACCUGUUACAAUAAAUCAUUUUUAGUUCAAGUUUUUGCUUAUAUUGUGACAUUUUUUAAAACUUUCCUUGUUGCACAUUUGCCUUUUUAAAAGAUUCAGUAUUUAAGAGAAAAUAGUCUUUUUACAUUUGUUCAUGUUCAACCGAUAAAGACUUCGUUUUAAAAAGAAAAGUUGAUGCAAAACAGCAGGGGUGCAUUCAGAAGUGCGUUAUUUGCUUCGCCACCCCUAGUGCAGCCCAAACCCCCAAACUUUGAUUGACUGUUUGUCUUGUCAGUGGCAGUUUCAAUGUUAAAUAUUUGGGUUAUGUUGCAAAGUAACUUACUUUGCAUCUCCUUUUGUUUGCGCUUUCAAAUGCGACUUUAAACAUGAGAUCACUUUUAAAGUUUUUUAAGAAUGAAGUGUAGAAGAAUAACAUGUAACCACUCUGUUUACUCUCACUUGAACAGUUCAUAUAGAGGAGAUAAAAGAAGUAGAAUACAUGCUGUUCAUUCAUUCAUUCAUACAUUUGCAGAAAACUUCAUGCCACCCCAGAAUAAGUCAGUCAGGCCACCCUGGUCAACAAAGGCUGGACGACACACCCCUGCCAACAGGCAGAGUUAGUGACUCAGGUCCUGCUCGGGUUUCCAAAAAUCGCACCAGGAUUUUUAUUUGUUGUGUAAGGAUUUGAGUUGAGAAGUCGCCUGCAUCUCAGAUUAACACGAGGUUGACAGUAAAGUCUGUUAAGCAGAGUGUCAGCAGUUUAACACGUCAUAACAAACAACAUGCAGAAUCAGCUGAAAGAAUAUCAGUGAUCCUCUCACAGCUCAAAAUGUCAAAAAAGGAUCAGGGUUUUUAUUUUUUUAAUGCCAAUCAUUGCCAGGCUUGGUCUACUGCGAGGAGGUUCAUAUUAUUUUAACAUCGACAGGCGUAAAGAUGAUGGUUUUAAUGUGUGAUUACCAGGUGAACAUCACUCGGGAUGGCUGCGGAGUCACAAAACUAUGCGAGGAGACACCUGCUGACUGUGAUCCUUCUUCCACCGGCACCUGCCUGUUUGCAUCAGUAGUUACCAGCCCCCCAGUGGCUCCAGACGGCUCGAACCUGGCCAUGGAGCUGAGGGGCGACUCCAUGGGUUAUGUCGCACUUGGACUCACUUUGAAUGCAUCAGAGGUAAAACAAGUUUACAUGUCCAGUUAAGCAGGAUGUAAACAGACAAUAAAGCUGAUGUUGCUUUGGGUAUGCAAAAAUUUCAGUGAGAAAGUUAUAAAUAAAUAAAGAACAGAAUGCAAAUUUUGGUGUUAUGUUAUGAUCAAAGUUUACUGCUUAGUUAUAGUCACCUAGCAGGAUCUAUCUCAGCAUCACUGUUACAUCACCCCUAAUAACCCCGCUCCAUUACAGAUUUAGUGUCUCUUUAUACUGUCAUUAAUGAUAUUCACUAUUGACUUACCUGAAUGUGACACCCUGUUAUAUAUGACGUGGCAAUGGGACUUUUAUGACCUUGAAAAAUAUUUGUUUAAAGGAUAAGAACACCCAGAACACUUUGUCUGGUGAGUCAAACAGCUGCAGUGUUUGUAUUAUAUAAAGGGAGACAUCUUUGUGUUCAGUUAUAAGACUUCAUCAAUCUGCAUUUACGUACAUUAAAAAAACAAAACUUUAAAAACCUUACGUUUAGUCAAGGAAAUAGCUUGAAUACACACAGAAAAUUAGCUAAUUUUUAUGAAGAUUUUUUAAAUGAAACUUACCGGUGUUAUGAUUCAAGGACCGACCAUUAACUGGCGAGUCUCUGUGGUUGUCAUAGUUACAACAGCAGUUGAGGACAGUGGAUACUUAAUCAUGAUGACAUGUUUGAACAUAUAAGACUUUAAAAACACAUCUAGUUGUUAUUAUUUUGAGUUAUACCGCAAAGCCAAACAAACAAACAAACAAACAAAAUUCGUGAAGACAACUGCGUGAUCUCUGUCUGUUUUUAACGACUGGAGCUUGAGAAAAAUGAGGCAUUCGGCAGAAAGGAAUCAUUUAACAUGGUCACUCAUUUAACCGUAACACUGGCAGGUCUCUUAAAGCCUAACUGAGUUGCUGUUGCACAACAGUUGCGAAUGAAUUAAACAAAGCAGGGCUCUGGUGUUCAGCCAAUGUGAACAGAUAAGCGUAGGGUUGAACAAUGCUUGACACAAGUAGAGAGAAAAUACCAAACAUGCCAGCCAGCAACCCCAGACAACAUUACAAGAAGCUUGCUUGCUCACAGUAGCACAUCGAAAAGCUGGUGUUUUUAAAUACAAUCAUAAGUUUAAACAUUAUUUAAAGAAAACCUACUUGAGUUUAACCAGGUAACACUCACUAUUGUUACCUUUACAAACUGACUAUGCUAGUAGCUACUUUAAUUGAUGAAAACAAGUCUAGAAGGAUAUUAGCUUAAAGCGUAUUAACUUAUUUGAACCCUUAUAAAACUUGUUUAAACUCUAUUACAGCACAUAAUGUUCAGUAUCGUUUUGAACAGGCAGUUUUUAACCAUUGUACAUAAUGCCAAAUCCAGAGGGCUAAUCAUUAAGCUUUAGCCCAACCAAUGCCCAAAACUGGGAUUCAAGUAGGAUCUUGACCUGAAAGCAAGAUGGUUAGAGUCAAAGCCUUACAUAAGAGCUUGAAGGUUAAGUGUCCUUCUCAAGUGCAAACUAUUUAAUCAUAGGUGAAGUACUUCAGCUGACUGUUUUUUUUGUAAUGAAACUAAAAGCUUAAACUGGCGGUUCAACUACUUGGACAGUUGCUUGUCUUGAAAAAUAACACCAGAAACCAAGAUAACGAUAAAUGCAUUGUCCCGUGAAGUAUGUUGCUUAAUGAGAAGACUUCCUGGAACAAUGAAAGAACUUGACAUGAACAAACAAAGACAUGAGAUACAGGCAAACAAGGAAGCAGACAUAAAAAGUAACGCACAAAGGGUGAACAAACAAGAAUGACUGGAAACUUAACUCUCGUCUGGACAUUUUCGUCACUUUUUUUCUUACCCUUAACAAAGACUAUUUGACGUUGGAAUUUGUCAUUGAAACCAUUUUUAAGAAAGGUAAUUUAAUCCUUUCAUCACUGUUUCUUUCCUCAGGGUACAACCAUGCUUUUCAUCUGUGCUCAAAACAGCUCAGACAAUGGGACGUUCUUCUUCAGGACGAUGCAAAGGAACAACACAGAUGGCAUGCUCACCCCAAUAGAGAGGGUGAGACCUUAGAUUUACUAUUGCGUUGACUUCUCAGCCAAAUUACUUGGAUUUCUUCAAUCAGAUCAAUUAACAUGGUUAAAAAUUCACAAAUGCUCUCCAAAUUAAAGGACAAAUAAACAGUGUUUUUAUUGGCUAUAAUUUCUUUUAUCAUUUACUUAUCAUUCACUUCUUGUCCCCUAAUGUGUUAGAGAGUGAGGGAUAUUCGAGGCAUGGUGAACGGCAGCAUCAUCAAGUGUGAGUUUGUGGUUCCAAAUGCCAACGCUACCAGCAUGAGGAACGCUGCGACCACGUUCUCCAUCCUUCUUGGGACUGGAACUUUCACAGGAAGUAAGUCAAGACAGUUAAACACCAGAAGCACAAGAACAAAACUUGAGUAAAAGUACAAGAACUAAUAUUCUAUGUAAUUAUUUCCAUUUUCAUGAUCAAGAAUAAAAUCAAUAUCUUUUAUUUUUGGUUAGAUAUGAUUGGUGAUUUCAACGUCCGCCUGGACAGCGGUCUUCUAAACCUCGCCGACCCGACCAGCAACAUCGCCACCACAGCAGCUCCCAGCAACAUGACGACAGCGCCCAGCAACAUGACAACAGCUUCAGGAUCCAACGGAGGAGUCCAGCCUCAUGGUAAAUCAUUCACAACAAUGUGUGUCAAAGAUUUGCUUUUUGGUGUUUGAGUUGAGGGCCGUACCUCAAACACUCUUUAUUACUGCUGUCUCAUAAUCCACCUUCAUGAACAGACAUUGUCUAAUGAACGUCUCUUUCCCUCCAGCUGUCCUGCUCGUGCUGAGUGUCCUCUCACUUCCUGUCAUGCUCAGAGGCUGAAACGUCUCAUCGGAGGACGUCAUUACCAGUUGAACACAAUGAAGACACUGAUGCGCUGGAUUUACGCACAGAGAAAAACUGAGUGUCAGCCUGAUGUUUGAAAUACUUUUACUGACAUGCUUUAUAUACAUUAUUUUUGCACUUCAUUCGUACCUGAGAUACACGCUAAUUAAACAGCAUCUGCAGAUACUUCUCAAAAUUUUAUUCUUUAUAAUAUCUUCUGCAUGAUGCUGCAGAAGAGGAAAUGUGUAUUUGGUUUUGCACUGUGUAAACAACCUUAAAUGACCGACCUGGAACCACAGACAGAAGCUGUUAUGGUCCAGCGAGUCUUACUGGAACAUCUUGGCAGGAAAUCUGAAACCUCAAACCGCUACGGUUCUUUGUGGUUACCCAACCCAAGUCAAGUCAGGAUUCUGUGUAUGUUUUCAUAUUUAUAAGUGAAUGUAACUGU